AUGAUGCCAAAUACAGACAAAACGAAGUGUAUGCUCAUAACAUCGUGGCAAAAACGGCUUCACGUACCACAAAAUGAAGAUCUGUGUGUAAGCCUUAACGAUAUAGCACUGGAAAACGUUACUUCAAAACCGCUACUUGGCGUCACUAUGAAUCAUAAUCUGUCCUGGGAGGAUCAUAUAAACACCACUGUUUCAAAGAUAAAUAGGAGUAUAGCUCUACUUCGUAGUAUUAAACGAUAUUUACCGCUACAGACACGGAAACUGUUCUUUAAUGCGCACAUUCUUCCACACAUGGAUUAUUGUUUCAUUGUUUGGGGUGGUUCACCUCAUGUUAAGAAGAUCAAUUUAGCUCAAAAAGGAGCAGCCAGGGUAAUUUUAGACAUCACGGAUAAUCGUUACCCCAGUAAAGACAUGUUUUUAACAUUAAACUGGAUGCCUAUCGAGGAUCGUAUUAAGUACCGUAAAGCUAUUAUGGUCUACAAAAGUCUCAAUUAUUUAUGUCCGGAUUAUAUGACAAAUAUGUAUAUGUUUAGGUUUGUCAGACAAGUUCAUACAAAGACAACCCGAUCAAGCUCUGCAAAUGACCUGUAUUUGCCUUCGAGAAAACAUAAACAGAUAUAUACAAAUACGUUUGGAUACAGUAGUGUAAAUAUAUAG